AUGAUGUUCGCAUUUACUUCUCCUGGUGCUAAGAUGGACAACAAAUUCAAAAAUGGUAGAGGUCCUCCUAAUUAUCGAAUUCACGGUCAAUCAUGUCACUGCAUAGGAAGCAUGUUACCAUUGCCAGGUCAAAAUCCACAUUUUGCUCAACUCUAUAUAUUUGAUACCGAACAUGAAAUUCAAAAUAAGGUUGAUGGAGUCAGAACCAAAACUGGAGUUGAUAUUAAUAUCGUGAAAAAAUUAUGUUCAAUGUUAUAUGAACACAAUGUGCAUGCUAAGAGUUUCAAAAUGGCGAUGGAUAUACUUGCUGAAGGCAAUGUUUCUGACCUAAAACUCCAUCUCAUUUCCGAGCGAUGUACUGAUGGACGACUAUAUAAUCAACCAAUUGUUUCUGAAGUUGCUGGGCUAACUGUCGGUGAUGUUGAUACCGCAAAAAAAAGAGACAUUAUAAUGAAGAAACAACAUGAUGGUUAUAGGCCUAACAUUAAGCAUUGCAAUAAAGGAUCGAAUAAUGUUCGUAUUUCAGAAUUAACACCUUUAAUAGCGUGUAAUAAGGAUGUUCCAUGGGAGCAAGCAACUAAAAUAAAUAGGCUAACAAUUAGGGAGUGGUUUUCCUUUAGGAUCCAAGCGAGGAAAAAUGAGCCACAAACAAUUAUCAGAUCAAGAAGGCCAUUCCAAGAGUUUUUGGUCGAUGGUUUUACAAUGAUGGAAUCUGAGAAACUUCGAUGGCUAAGAAAAAACCAGUCGAAGCUACGAAUAGGCAAUUACGUUGGAUUUCUUGAUUUGUUUAUUAUGUUCACAUGUAAUCCAAACUGGCCGGAAUUUCAACGUGUACUAGGUUCUGAUAAUCUAAAAGCAGCAGAUCGUCCAGAUCUCAUUUCAAGAAUUUUUAAACUGAAAUUUGAUGAGUUACUGUCAGAUUUGACCAAAAAGAGUGUGAUGGGAAAGGUUCUUUCAUAUAUGUAUGUCGUUGAGUUUCAGAAAAGGGGCCUACCACAUGCUCAUAUUUUAAUUUCCCUACAUCCAACCAAUAAGUAUUCAAUACCCACUGACAUAGAUUGUAUCAUAUCGGCUGAAAAAACCAAACAAAGACACUGA